AUGUCUGAAACCCGUCCAGCCACCCAUUCGGGUUCUUGGUAUAGCUCAAAUGUCUCUUCUCUAAGUGCAUUGUUCAGCGAUAUCAUUACCGAACCUGAAGAUAAUACAAGUCCAAAGGCAAGAAUUAUACUAGCACCCCAUGCUGGCUACCAAUACUGUGGCAGAAUCUUGGGGAAAGCAUAUAGCCGUUUAGCCAUCGAUGCAAACACUACUAAUAUUUUUGUAUUAGGUCCCUCGCAUCAUCUGUAUUUUCAAAAUAGGGCAUGUGUCUCCAAAUUCAGGCGUUGUGAAACUCCAUUUGGCGAUUUGCAUGUCAAUACUGAUAUAACCAGAGAACUAAUUAAUCGUGGUAUAGACAAUCCCUUUAUCUAUUUGGAAAAAGAGGCAGAUAAAGACGAACACUGUUUGGAAAUGCAAUUUAGUACUAUUAAAUACCUUUUGAAUAAGGCUGAUAACACACACGCUAAAAUUAUUCCCAUUUUGAUUUCUCAUAAUGUGAGAAAUAUUGACUUUGCCAUUGGUGAGACUUUAAGAGAAUAUAUGGAUAAUGAUUCCCAUUCACUUUUUAUCAUCAGUUCGGAUUUUUGCCACUGGGGGUUUAGAUUUGAUUAUACUGCAUAUGUACAUAGUAAUGAAGAAUUGGAAAAAGCGUACCGAGAAUGUAAUAAAAUAACUCAGUUGCAAUCUGCUAUUCAAAGGAAGUUAACCAUUCCGAUCUAUAAAUCUAUAGAAAUCAUCGAUAAGGGUGCAAUGAGAGUUUUGGAAGAUGAAUCAGGAAUAGAGGCUUAUGAUGCAUUUAAGAAAUAUUUAGAGGUCACUGGUGAUACUAUCUGUGGCGAACGACCACUUUCUGUUAUAUUAUGUGCAUUGGGUGACAAAAAAACUUCUUUUAAAUGGUGCGCUUAUUCGCAGAGUAACCAAUGUACGCGGUUAACCGAAAGCAGUGUUAGUUAUGCCGCAGGAUAUUGUGUUUUAUGA